AUGAUCCUUGGCCUAACCCUGAUGCACGACUCUGCUCUUGCCCACUCUCCCACCCAAUCUAUCUCUCUCCAAAACGCAUCCCUGUGCCACUGGUCCCACGCCACAACGCAGUACCAGCGUCUUCUCUCCGGCCCCAUCCCUCCGUCGCAACGCGAUGCCAUCUGGGCCACCGGCGUCCACCUCGGCGCAGCAUCUUUCUGGUACCUCGAAUCCGAUGACCCUUACGCCGUCUGGCCUCUCAAAUCCUCCGAGCCGGGUGACCUGGCGUGGAUGAAGAUCGGAGAGGGAAAACGCCAUCUCUGGCGUAUCGCAGAUCCAACAAGAGAGGAUAGCGUGUUCAACCGCGUCCUGAAGAAGAAGACAGGCCCAUGUCCUACGCCGCCUGAGUGGAUGAUCAGCAACGACACUAGUCUCGUGCCUGAAAAGGUUAGACUGAUGUUCGGUAUCACGGAAGAGUCUAAUAAGGAGAAUAACGUCUAUCACUUCCCCGUCCUCAUCCUCUCGCGCAUCCAGCAUCUACGCCUAUCGCAUACCAACGUAUUGGAUUUCCUAUACUUUACCGCGUUUCUCACGCCCGAUUUCCUAGCCCUGCUGGAACACAAAGACCCCAAAGCCGUGUUUUUGCUAGGCUGGUGGUUUAGCAUGUGUCGCGAUGGCACGCUUUGGUGGGUGACGCGUCGUGCGAGGGUCGAAGGAGAGGCUGUGCGGAUCUGGCUGGGGAGGGUGGAUAAGCGUCUUUUGGAUUUGUUGGAGGAGCUGGGUAGGAGGAGGGUGCAUGUUAUGGAAGAGAGGUUCUGGGCUAUGGAGAGGGUGGUGGAUGAGGAGGGGUUUGAGACUAAUUGGGCGUUGGAUUCUAGAGGGAGGAUAUUGACGGUUGCUUGA